AUGUCAAAUGCCAUCCACCAGGCCAUGGUGGUCCAGUGGUUAGGGUAUGGGGAAAGUUGGUGAUAAUUUGCUGGUUUGAAUCCCCCAAGGGGGUAAAAAAGGAAAACCUAUGUUUUGGGUGUUCCAUUGAGAAAGGCACUUGGUGCCAAAUGUUUUAUGGUACGCUGUUGAUGGGAAUUCAGGCCAUCUAGUGACCAUCAACAAACAUUUUGGGGAACUACCCUUUAUUCUGGUUGGAAGUUUUGAGCUUUUUGGGACUACUUCAUCUAUUGACACAAUGUAUUAAAAUGGUACUUUGGUUUUACAGUGAGGGAAAAAGUAUUUGAUCCCCUGCUGAUUUUGUACGUUUGCCCACAGACAAAGAAAUGAUCAGUCUAUAAUUGUAAUGGUAGGUUUAUUUGAACAGUGAGAGACAGAAUAACAACAAACAAAUCCAGAAAAACGCAUGUCAAAAAUGUUAUAAAUUGAUUUGCAUUUUAAUGAGGGAAAUAAGUAUUUGACCCCCUCUCAAUCAGAAAGAUUUCUGGCUCCCAGGUGUCUUUUAUACAGGUAAUGAGCUGAGAUUAGGAGCACACUCUUAACCCUCCUGUUAUGUUGUGGGUCAAUUUGACCCGUUUCCACUUUUGCGUUGUCUAAAAUACUAGUUAACCACUCUUUUUCGCCAUGAAAUUACAUGACUUUUCCUCAUUUAGGGUCAUGAACCUAACUGCAAAAUGUGGACACACUGAUGUGUUGUGGAAUGUCUGUGUACAUUUUGUAUACAAACAUGAUGUUGUGGGUCAUUUUGACCCGGAGGCUUUCAUGUGUAUAUAUAUUUGCACAGGUGCAAAACAAAAAAGUGUCUUUGAUUUAUUUUGUUUUGACUGGUCCUGGUUGCACUUUUAGAAUUGUGUUUGGGUUAAAAAGGGCUUUCCCAAGCUUCUCCUCAGUGUGAGAGCAGCAGGUCCCUGACACAGACACUCAAAAAUGAGCUCCAAAAGAUUUUCAAUCAAUGAAGUCUUAUCACAAAUUCUGGACUGUGACAGUGAAAAAGAAGAAGAGGUUUCAGAGACAGAGGAUAUUUCAGAGAUAGAGGACAAUGCUGUUGAUGAUCCAGAUUUUGUCUUCAUUGAAGAGGAUUCAGAGGAGGAGUCUGCCGUACCAUCCCCUACAUCAGAUGAGAGACAGAGCAUGCAACAAGCAUCAUCAAGAGAAGAGAAGACAUGGAAGUCUAAAGAUGGUCAUAUUGAAUGGUCACCGUCACCACAACGAGGUCAAGGUAGACUCUCAGCUUCCAAUGUAAUAAAAAUGGUUCCAGGACCUACACGAUUUGCUGUCACUCGAGUCCAUGACAUACAAUCAGCUUUUGAGCUCUUUUUACCCCAAGCAAUAGAGAAGAUUGUUCUGGACAUGACCAACUUGGAGGGGAGCCGUGUGUUUCAAGAGAACUGGAAGCCACUGGAUCGGAUUGACUUGCAUGCAUACAUUGGAUUGCUCAUAUUAGCUGGAGUCUACCGGUCAAACGGAGAAGCAACGGCCAGCCUGUGGAAUGAAGAGAAUGGAAGGCCAAUAUUUCGGGCAACAAUGUCUCUACAAGAAUUCCACAUAAUUUCUCGGGUGAUUCGCUUUGAUAACCGUGAUACCAGACCAGGUCGACGUGAAAGAGACAAACUAGCUGCAAUCAGAGAUGUAUGGGAUAAAUGGGUGGAAAUUCUACCGUUACUGUACAAUCCCAGUCCUCAUGUUACAGUUGAUGAACGCCUUGUUCCAUUCAGAGGACGUUGUCCCUUCAGACAGUAUAUGCCAAACAAGCCUGCAAAAUAUGGCAUCAAAAUAUGGGCAGCAUGUGAUGCCACAUCAAGCUAUGCAUGGAAUAUGCAAGUUUACACUGGGAAGCCACCCGGCGGAGUGCCUGAGAAAAACCAGGGGAUGCGGGUGGUGCUGGACAUGAGUGAAGGGCUGCAAGGUCAUAACAUCACGUGUGACAACUUCUUCACAUCCUACCGCCUUGGUGUUGAACUACAGAAGAGAAAGCUGACCAUGGUUGGAACAAUCAGAAAAAACAAACCUGAACUUCCCAGUGAGCUUCUGAAAAUGCAGGGCAGAACUGUGCAUUCCUCUAAAUUUGCUUUCUCUGAAAAUGCAACUGUUGUUUCAUACUGCCCAAAGAAGAACAAGAAUGUUCUUGUAAUGAGCACAAUGCACAAAGAUGCAUCGCUGAGUGCAAGAGAGGACAUCAAGCCACAAAUAAUACUGGACUACAAUUCCACCAAAGGAGGAGUUGACAAUUUGGAUAAAGUCACAGCAACAUAUAGUUGUCAGCGCAUGACUGCCCGCUGGCCUUUGGUGAUUUUCUACAACAUUGUGGAUGUGUCUGCUUACAAUGCCUAUGUCCUGUGGACUGAAAUCAACCAGCAAUGGAAUGGUGGCAAAUUGUACCGACGCCGGCUUUUCCUAGAGGAGCUCGGCAAAGCUCUCAUCACUCCCAAGAUCCAGAGGAGAGUCCGGCCUCCUCGGUCGACAGCAGCUGCAUCUGCCGUCCAGAAAAUUCAAGCUGGACCAUCAACACAUGCCUCCAAUCAACCAGAAAUGGAUCCAGUGGAUACAGGCAGUGGCAAGAAACGUUGUUUCUGUUUUUACUUAAUUCUUUGACUGUCUUGAGUGUGUUUAAACUGUGCGGGUCAAUUUGACCCGUAACAUAGUGGAUGUAAUUUUUUUUUAGCAUAACAGGAGGGUUAAAGGGAGUCCUCCUAAUCUCAGUUUGUUACCUGUAUAAAAGACACCUGUCCACAGAAGCAAUCAAUCAAUCAGAUUCCAAACUCUCCACCAUGGCCAAGACCAAAGAGCUCUCCAAGGAUGUCAGGGACAAGAUUGUAAACCUACACAAGGCUGGAAUGUGCUACAAGACCAUCGCCAAGCAGCUUGGAGAAGGUGACAACAGUUGGUGCCAUUAUUCGCAAAUGGAAGAAACAAAAAAGACCUGUCAAUCUCCCUCAGCCUGGGGCAACAAUUGGUAACACACUACGCCAUGAAGGACUGAAAUCCUGCAGCGCCCGCAAGGUCCCCCUGUUCAAGAAAGCACAUAUACAGGCCCGUCUGAAGUUUGCCAAUGAACAUCUGAAUGAUUCAGAGGAGAACUGGGUGAAAGUGUUGUGGUCAGAUGAGACCAAAAUGGAGCUCUUUGGCAUCAACUCAACUCGCCGUGUUUGUAGGAGGAGGAAUGCUGCCUGACCCCAAGAACACCAUCCCCACCGUCAAACAUGGAUGUGGAAACAUUAUGCUUUGGGGGUGUUUUUCUGCUAAGGGGAUAGCACCACCCUACCACAAUGCUCUGUUUCUGAUGACUGGGAUGAACAGGAGCAGAUUUCAGGAGCAGGACAAGACACCCUCUUAUUGACUGAUGACUGAUAUAAAGGCCUGUUCGUGAUAGGUGUGGCUUAUAUUAUUAUGAUGGUCAUAAUACUUCUUGACAGUGUCAUAAAAUGUAUUUUUUUAGUCCAAAUAAAGUGACACAGGAUGGUCUUAAUGCUUUAUGACAGUGUCAUAAAGUGUAUUUUAAAUAUGAUGAAAAAAAACAUGACUGUAAAGAAUUCAUUAUAACAACAACAAAGGACUUAAGAAACAAACUUUAAAAAGGAAAUUGGCAGGAAAAAACACAUUUUCAUAAAUGUGGGUUUUGACACUGUUAUGUACCGUAAUUUUCGGACUAUAAGCCGCGCAUUUCUUCCCAUUUUUCGACCCUGCGGCUUAUAUAACGGUGCGGCUAAUCUAUGGAUUUUUACAGCUAACGGCCACUAGAAGACCUCCUAAAUCUAUGGAUUUUACAGGUUAUAGUCCACCAACUUUAACUCUAUGGGCUCUAUGACCGGUCCGCGCCCCCCACCUUUAAGCGGCGGGCUCCAGCAGGAAAAGCUGGAGGCCGAAAAAGAGUGAGACAGGUAGCGUGCAAAAGUAAAAGUGGAACCGAGAGUGGUACGAGAGACAGAACGAUUCUCCCGAGUGGCGCAGUGAUCUAAGGCACUGCAUCGCAGUGCUAGCUGUGCCACUAGAGAUCCUGGUUCGAAUCCAGGCUCUGUCGUAGCCGGCCGUGACCGGGAGACCCAUGGGGCGGCGCACAAUUGGCCCAGCGUCGUCCAGGGUAGGGGAGGGAAUGGCCGGCAGGGGAUGUAGCUCAGUUGGUAGAGCAUGGCGUUUGCAACGCCAGGGUUGUGGGUUCGAUAAAAUAAUGUAUGUGCUAACUGUAAGUCGCUCUGGAUAAGAGCGUCUGCUAAAUGACUAAAAUGUAAAUGUAAAUGUAACGAGAGCAAGACAGACAGACAUUACGAGAGCGAGACAGUUUGUCUCUUUCCCGACUAUCCCCUCUGUGCACGAACCCUUACAUAUGAUAAUUAAACAUUAAAACACCUGCGACUUAUAGUCCAGUGCGGCUUAUAUAUGUACACAUCAUUCAAUAUCAUUCAAUUUAGCUGCUGCGGCUUAUACUCCGGUGCGCCUUAUAGUGCGGAAAAUACGCUAGUUGUCAUAACCAGCCAUAAAUAACUAAAUAUAUGUCACAAUAGAUGUACAUAUAUGGGUCAUUACAGUGUUAUGACCAUAUUAUGACAGGUUAUGACACAUUAUGUCAGCUGUUAUGGCAUGUUAUGACAUGGUUAUGACUGUGUUAUGAUGCUGGGUGUCAAGUAAAGGGUUACCAGAUAUUGUAUAACAUAUGUCAUGGCCUAGCCUACUGCUUGUGCAUAUUAGUCGCUCACGGACAAUAAAAACAUUCCUAUUCCCUAUUUUAAUUUCAUGCAAUGGAUUGAAUAAUCUUCUCUGGACAUGUAGGAAUCCUAUUCAUAUUUGUUAUGGCUUUUACAACCAUUGUCAUGCUACUUUGUUGAUAAAGCAACUCACAGAGUAUUACUCUGUUCCAGAAUAAAUGGGCUCUGGAAUUUUUAUUUUUAUUUAUUUUUUACUUCACCUUUAUUUAAACAGGUAAGCCAGUUGAGAACAGGUUCUCAUUUACAACUGCGACCUGGCCAAGAUAAAGCAAAGCAGUGCAAUAAAAACAACACAGAGUUACAUAUGGGGUAAAAAACAUAAAGUCAAAAAUACAACAGAAAAUAUAUAUACAGUGUGUGCAAAUGUAGCAAGUUAUGGAGGUAAGGCAAUAAAUAGGCUAUAGUGCAGAAUAAUUACAAUAGUAUUAACACUGGAAUGCUAGAUGUGCAAGAGAUUAUGUGCAAAUAGAGAUACUGGGGUGCAAAAGAGCAAAAUAAAUAACAAUAUGGGGAUGAGGUAGUUGGGUGGGCUAAUUUCAGAUGGGCUGUGUACAGGUGCAGUGAUCGGUAAGGUGCUCUGACAACUGAUGCUUAAAGUUAUUGAGGGAGAUAAGAGUCUCCAGCUUCAGAGAUUUUUGCAAUUCGUUCCAGUCAUUGGCAGCAGAGAACUGGAAGGAAUGGCGGCCAAAGGAGGUGUUGGCUUUGGGAAUGACCAGUGAGAUAUACCUGCUGGAGCGCAGACUACGGGUGGGUGCUGCUAUGGUGACCAAUGAGCUAAGAUAAGGUGGGGAUUUGCCUAGCAGUGAUUUAUAGAUGGCCUGGAGCCAGUGGGUUUGACGACGAACAUGUAGUGAGGACCAGCCAACAAGAGCGUACAGGUCACAGUGGUGGGUAGCGUAUGGGGCUUUGGAGACAAAACGGAUGGCACUGUGAUAGACUACAUCCAAUUUGCUGAGUAGAGUGUUGGAGGCUAUUUUGUAAAUGACAUCGCCGAAGUCAAGGAUCGGUAGGAUAGUCAGUUUUACGAGGGCAUGUUUGGCAGCAUGAGUGAAGGAGGCUUUGUUGCGAAAUAGGAAGCCGAUUCUAGAUUUAACUUUGGAUUGGAGAUUCUUUAUGUGAGUCUGGAAGUUGAGUUUACAGUCUAACCAGACACCUAGGUAUUUGUAGUUGUCCACAUACUCUAGGUCAGACCCGUCGAGAGUGGUGAUUCUAGUCGGGUGGGCGGGUGCCAGCAGCGUUCGAUUGAAAAGCAUGCAUUUAGUGACCCAGGUCCUUCCUCCACUGCAGCCUCCUCAACAGUUUAUUCAUUCCUUUGCAGAAACAAUAUUUUCAUCCAGACUUUGUGGCUUGGAAAGGGUAAUGAUUAUUAAUCCAUGAAUCAAACAAAUGGGGUGUUGGAAAAGUAGCUACUUCUUUCCAAACACCCCCAUCUAGUGGAUGUACAGGGUUAUUAGAAUUAGUAGGAAAUCACUAUUCAAGACAAAGGCUGAGGAACAUAUUGCCCAUGUUCGAGAGCAUCAAAUCCAUGAUGCAUUGUUGGUACAUGGUGACUGACUGACUGAUCUACAAAUAAUAAUGGUACAAAAUGAUUUGUAGAUCAGUCAGUUGGCAGUCGCCUGCACUGUCGGCUGCAAUGUCGAACAAGCCCCUUGUUUCUAUAAAAUAAUUACUGAACGAUGGAGGGGAAUUGUUUUCACAUGGACAUAUAGCUUGAUUACUUCAGAGGCAAAAUUGUUGAUAUCCAGACAAUAGCUCUACAAUUGCAUUGUUUGUCAUCACAGGGAGUCUGUGUAGGGCUUUACCCACAGGGCACACACUGGUUGAAUCAACAUUGUUUCCACAUCAUUUCAAUGAAAUUACUUUGAAACAACGUGGAAUAGACAUUGCAUUGACAUCUGUGCCCAGUCAGUCAUUCAGUUAGUCAUUCAGUCAGUCAGUCAUUCAGUUAGUCAGCUAACCAUCUUUGACCCUCAACUGUACUGAACAAAAAUAUAAAUGCAACAUGCUACAAUUUCAACAAUUUUACUGAGUUACAGUUCAUAUAAGGAAAUCAGUCAAUUGAAAUAAAUUCAUUAUGCCCUAAUCUAUGGAUUUCACAUUACUGAGCAGGGGUGCAGCCAUGGGUGGGCCUGAGAUGGCAUAAGCCCACCCACUUGGGAGCCAGGCCCAGCCAAUCAGAACCCCACAAAAGGGUUUUAUUACAGACAGAAAUACUCAGUUUCAUCAGCUGUCAAUGUGGCUGGUCUCAGACAAUCGCGCAGGUGAAGAAGCCGGAUGUGGAGGUCCUGGGCUGGUGUGAUUACACAUGGUCUGCGGUUGUGAGGCCAGUUGGACGUACUGCCAAAUUCUCUAAAACGACAUUGGAGGCGGCUUAUGGUAGAGAAAUUAACAUUAAAUUCUCUGGCAACAGCUCUGGUGGACAUUCCUGCAGUCAGCAUGCCAAUUGCAUGCUCCCUCCAAACUUGAGACAUCUGUGGCAUUGUGUAGUGAGACAAAACGGCACCUUUUAAAGUGGGCUUUUAUUGUCCCCCGCACAAGGUGCACCUGUGUAAUGAUCAUGCUGUUUAAUCAGCUUCUGGAUAUGCCACACCUGUCAGGUGGAUGGAUUUGGAUUACCUUGGCAAAGGAGAAAUGCUCACUAAACAGGCAUGUAAACCAAUUUGUGCAAAACAUUUGAGAGAAAUACAUUUUUUGUGCGUAUGGAAAAAUUCUGGGAUCUUUUAUUUCAGCUCAUGAAACAUGGGAGCAACCACUUUACAUGUUGCGUUUAUCAGUGGUGUAAAGUACUUCAGUAAAAAUACUUUAAAGUACUACUUAAGUAGUUUUUUGGGGUAUCUGUACUUUACGUGGUCCUCUGUAGCUCAGCUGGUAGAGCACGGCGCUUGUAACGCCAAGGUAGUGGGUUCGAUCCCCGGGACCACCCAUACACAAAAAUGUAUGCACGCAUGACUGUAAGUCGCUUUGGAUAAAAGCGUCUGCUAAAUGGCUUAUUAUUAUUAUUACCUUAUUUAUAUUUUUGGCAACUUUUACUUUUACUUCACUACAUUCCUAAAGAAAAUAAUGUACUUUUUACUCCAUACAUUUUCCCUGACACCCAAAAGUACUCGUAACAUUUGGACAGGAAAAUUGUCCAAUUCACACACUUAUCAAGAGAACAUCCCUGGUCAUCCCCACUGCCUCUGAUCUGGCAGACUCAUUAAACACACAUGCUUUGUUUGUGUUGGUGUGUGACCCUGGCUAUCCGUCAAUAAAAAAUGAAUACAAAUUGGUUUGCUUAAUAUAAGGAAUUUAAAAUGAUUUAUACUUGUACUUUUACUUUUAAUACUUAAGUACAUUUUAGCAAUUCCAUUUACAUUUUAUACUUAAGUAUAUUUAAAACCAAGUACUUUGUAGCUACGUUAACAAUCUAAUCACAUUAUUGUUUUAAACGAGACAUCAUGGUAUUGGGAAUCCUCACAACCAAGUAAAUAAUAUUUUAGCACCACUAUGUUGUCAAGACAACAAACUACAGGAAAGACAGUCAUUUAAUGGGAGAGGCUCAGCACCACUAUGUUGUCAAGACAACAAACUACAGGAAAGAUAGUCAUUUAAUGGGAGAGGCUCAGCACCACUAUGUUGUCAAGACAACAAACUACAGGAAAGAUAGUCAUUUAAUGGGAGAGGCUCAGCACCACUAUGUUGUCAAGACAACAAACUACAGGAAAGAUGGUCAUUUAAUGCGAGAGGCUCAGCGAUGUUAGGAUUUUGAAAGUCGUGUAACGUAUGCCCGUCAUUAAGAUGCUUUUGGGAAACCGGGCACAUGUCUUUAUCCUAUGGCUCUAUCUUCCCUUCCCCCUCCAAUCAACCUGCAGCUGGUGACCCCAGUGACCCUCCAAUGAGAACCAAGUGUAGUUAAUUAGACCAAUCAGAACAAUGUGUAGUUGAUUGUUCCUCAAUAAAGACUAGCCCUGUAAGACUGGUACUGUUUAGCACUAACAAGCUUCAUGGUCGGUAAUGGAACUGCUGCAGUUCACAUGUCUGCUUUUACUCAUCAGCUUGAGAUGUUUGACAGGUAAAAUGCUUCUGAAUAAGCAACAGUAUUACGUUGACAUGUUCUUCAUUUUGUCUUGUAAACAUUGAUUGAUAUCAUGAAGACCUAUUGGUAGAAUACACCAGCCAGAUUGUGUGGAAUGUUUUGUACCUUGUAGGUUUGGGACAGCAGUGUGGGGGUAACCAGUGUGGUCUUGCAGUGUGGGUCUAACCAGUGUGGUCUUGCAGUGUGGGUCUAACCAGUGUGGUCUUGCAGUGUGGGUCUAAGCAGUGUGGGUCUAAGCAGUGUGGGUCUAAGCAGUGUGGGUCUAAGCAGUGUGGGUCUAAGCAGUGUGGGUCUAAGCAGUGUGGGUCUAAGCAGUGUGGUCUAACCAGUGUGGGUCUAACCAGUGUGGGUCUAACCAGUGUGGUCUUAUAUGUUUGGGUCAGCAGUGUGGGGGUAACCAGUAUGGUCCUGCAUGUUUCCAUCAAAAAUGUGGGUCUAACCAGUAUGGUCUUGCAGUGUGGGGAAAACCAGUAUGGUCUUAUAUGUUUGGUUCAGCAUUGUGGGGGUAACCAGUAGGGUCCUGCAGGUUUGGGUCAGCAUUGUGGGGAUAACCAAUAGGGUCCAGCAGGUUUGGGUCAGCAGUGUAGGGGAUAACCAAUAGGGUCCAGCAGGUUUGGGUCAGCAGUGUAGGGGAUAACCAAUAGGGUCCAGCAGGUUUGGGUCAGCAGUGUAGGGGGUAACCAAUAGGGUCCAGCAGGUUUGGGUCAGCAGUGUAGGGGAUAACCAAUAGGGUCCAGCAGGUUUGGGUCAGCAUUGUGGGGAUAACCAAUAGGGUCCAGCAGGUUUGGGUCAGCAGUGUAGGGGAUAACCAAUAGGGUCCAGCAGGUUUGGGUCAGCAGUGUAGGGGGUAACCAAUAGGGUCCUGCAGGUUUGGGUCAGCAUUGUGGGGAUAACCAAUAGGGUCCAGCAGGUUUGGGUCAGCAGUGUAGGGGAUAAACAAUAGGGUCCAGCAGGUUUGGGUCAGCAGUGUGGGGAUAACCAAUAGGGUCCAGCAGGUUUGGGUCAGCAGUGUAGGGGAUAACCAAUAGGGUCCAGCAGGUUUGGGUCAGCAGUGUAGGGGGUAACCAAUAGGGUCCUGCAGGUUUGGGUCAGCAUUGUGGGGAUAACCAAUAGGGUCCAGCAGGUUUGGGUCAGCAGUGUAGGGGGUAACCAAUAGGUUCCAGCAGGUUUGGGUCAGCAUUGUGGGGAUAACCAAUAGGGUCCUGCAGGUUUGGGUCAGCAUUGUGGGGAUAACCAAUAGGGUCCAGCAGGUUUGGGUCAGCAGUGUAGGGGGUAACCAGUAGGGUCCUGCAGGUUUGGGUCAGCAUUGUGGGGAUAACCAAUAGGGUCCAGCAGGUUUGGGUCAGCAGUGUAGGGGGUAACCAGUAGGGUCCUGCAGGUUUGGGUCAGCAGUGUAGGGGAUAACCAAUAGGGUCCAGCAGGUUUGGGUCAGCAGUGUGGGGGUAACCAGCAAUGUCUUGCAUGUUUCCAUCAGAAAUGUGGGUCUAACCAGUGUGGUCUUGCAGGUUUUCAUUAGAAGUGUGGGGCUAACCAGUACGGUCUUGCACUUGUGGGGCUGACCAGUACGGUCUUGCACUUGUGGGGCUGACCAGUACGGUCUUGCACUUGUGGGGCUGACCAGUACAGUCUUGCAAUGUGGGUCUAACAAGUAUGGUCCUGCAGGUUUUGGCCAGCAGUGUGCGGUUAACCAGUGGCAGUGUGAUGAUGGAGCUUGUCUGCCUCUUUCCUGGCACUGUGAUGGAAAUGGAGACUGUCUGGAUGGCUCUGAUGAAAUGGCUUGCCGUAAGUCAUGCUAUGUUUCACUUUCUGCUCUAUUCCAAAUGAUCCCAUAUUUGUUGACGUAGUGAAAUUCUAAAUAUGGCUUACAACCUGUAUUUACUGUAGACUUAUUCCACACAGGUCUGUUAAAUGUAUUACUGUAGACCUAUUCCACGUAGGUCUGUUAAAUGUAUUUACUGUAGUCUGUUUACAGUAGGUCUGUUUGUCCCUGUUCCCCAGCCUGUCCUAGGGGCCAGUUUGCCUGCAUGACCGGGGCUCCUGGCUGUGUAAGUAGCUCUGCAGUGUGUGAUGGGCAGCACCAGUGUUCUGAUGGGUCUGAUGAACUGAACUGCCCAGAGGACCAGGGCUGUCUGCAGGGGGACUGGAGGUGUAGGAACAAGAUCUGUAUCCCCAAGGACCAAUACUGCAAUGGGGCUAAUGACUGUGUGGACAACUCUGAUGAGACCUGUGGUGAGAUCUUAUGGAAACCAAGAGAGCAUGUAUAUGAGACGUUAUGGAAAUUAGGAAGUAUUUAGUUACCAUGUAAUAGGAGCUAUUAUGGAAACCAGAAGAGCAGGUAUUUUAGACUGUGUACAGUAGUAUGUAGUCACAAAAUGUGACAAGACCUUCAAUUGUGUAGGCAAUGCCAUGCACAUUUAAACAUUGAAAAAAACAAUGUUCCAAAUUACAUUUGAACUUUGUCAAUUUUUCUGUGGUGUUGGUCCUUCAGCUGGUCAAAAUAUCCACAGGAAAGUAUUAUUAAACAGACUUCAAAAUGCGGUAUUGUGUGGAAAUCAAAAUGUUUGCUCAUGACCGAAAGCAUGUGCACAAGAAGUACAAGCACACGAACCAUGCAUACUAACUGAAGUCUUGUAGGUGUUUACGUUUGUAUUUAUUAUGGAUCCCCACUCUUCUUGGUGUCAGGCAAAAUUAAGGCAGUUAUACAUUUUAAAAACAUUACAAUACAUUCAUAACAGAUUUCAAAAUUGCAAUUGGAUGUGCACAGAGCUAACAUUAAUAAUAUGCAUGUCAAUCUCUCCUGGCUCAAAUUGGAGGAGAGAUUGUAUUAGUUUUUUAUUAUGGAUCCCCAUCAGCUGCUGCCAUGGCUACUCUUCCUGGGGUCCAUCAAAAUUAAGGCAGUUAUACAUUUAAAAAAACAUUACAAUACAUUCAUAACAGAUUUCUCAACAUAUUAAGUGUGUGCCCUCAGGCCUCUACUCAGCCAAUCAUCAGUCAUUUGUGUAAGUGACGUGCUUGUUGAAUGUUCUUCCCCAUAAGCGUGCUGAAAGUCUGUCAAUUUGUUUACUGUAAAACACAAUUUUAUCUGCUCAAACACCAUUUUUUCCAAAGGUUUACUAAGAGUUUGUAACAGGCUGAUUGGUUGGCUAUUUGAGCCAGUUAAGGGGGCUUUACUAUUCCUAGGUAGGGGAAUAACUUUUGCUUCCCUCCAGGCCUGGGGGCACACACUUUCUAGUAGGCUUAAAUUGAAGAUGUGGCAAUAUCAUCCACUAUUAUCCUCAGGGAUCUUCCAUCCAAGUUGUCCGGUGGCUUGUCAUUGUUGAUCGGCAAAUUUUUCACCUCUUCCACACUUUAAGGAUUUCAAAAUUACAACCCUUGUCUUUCAUAAUUUGGUCAGCUAUACCGGAUUUGUAGUGUCAGUGUUUGUUGCUGGCAUGUCAUGCUUAUGUUUGCUAAUCUUGCCAAUGACAAAAUCAUUGAAGUAGUUGGCAAUAUCAGUGGGUUUUGUGAUGAAUGAGCCAUCUGAUUCAAUUAAUGAAUGAUGGAGCAGAGUUUGCCUUUUUGCCCAAAAUUUAAUUUAAGGUGCUCUAAAGCUUUUUACUAUCAUUCUUUGUCAUUUAUCUUUGUUUCACAGUGUGAAAUUAAAUCUUCAUAACCAGUGCUCUAAAACCUUGGGUUGAACAAUUAAUUCCUGUGGUUAUUUUGUCAAAACAAAUUGAGCAGUUGAAGGACCAAUCAUACAGACCGAUUAGACUGGUAGAGUAAGUUUACAUCUCAUUUUAUUCAACAUUCUGGCAUUCACGAUUUUGCGGUGCUUUGUUUCAGGCUAUAUAUCAAUGUUUUAUCAGUAAUGAUAACAGGCAGUAUGUAGCCUAUAGGUCUGGUAAUGACUAUGGGGCGGCAGGUAGCUUAGUGGUUAAGAGCGUAGUGCCAGUAACCGAAAGGUCGCUGGUUCUAAUCCCCGAGCCGACUAGGUGAAAAAUCUGUCGAUGUGCCCUUGAGCAAGGCACUUAACCCUAAUUGCUCCUGUAAGUCGCUCUGGAUAAGAGCGUCUGCUAAAUAACUAAAAUGUAAAUGUAAAUAACAGGCAGUAUGUAGCCUAUAGGUCUGGUAAAGAUAAGAUCAUGUGUGUUUAUUCAUCAGGAAGGCAUGUAGUGUGACGAGGCUGUGAUGUGUGUUUUUAAAGCUGUUCCUCUUACAGGCCGGUGUGGGCCAACGGCUGUGCGUUGUCCUGGAGGGUUGUGUCUGACUGAAGAUGAGCGGUGUGAUGGAAAACUGCACUGCUCUGAUGGCAGCGAUGAACCCUCUACCUGUGGUAGGAAACUCUAACCCUUAACCUCUAACCCUAACCUUCAGUCUAUAACAAUUUACCUGUGGUAGGAACAUCUAACCCAGGGGUUUCAAACAUACGGCUCACUGGCCAGAUCUGUCCUCCGGACCCAUUCAAUCCCUGACCCCAUUAAAUACUGUGGAUUUAAGAAAAAACUAUCCGGGUGAAAAUGAUCUUAAUGUACACUGAGAUUAAUAAAACGAAAUGGAAACUUUGUAGAAAUAGUGGACCUACAUUGAGACUUUUCACUCUGUCCAGCUUGCUAAAAGUCAUCCAAACGAAAGCUAGAGGACAAUUUUUUUUUCUCGCAUUUUGACCUCAAUGAAAUAUAAUCCAUUUUAAGUGCGGCCCACCAGACCUCGGUGAAGACCACAUUUGUAUUUGUUUUUAUUAUGGAUCCCCGUUAGCUGCUGCCAAUGCAGCAGCUACUCUUCCUGGGGUUUAUUAUGGAUCCCCAUUAGUUCCUGUCAAGGCAGCAGCUACGCUUCCUGGGGUUUAUUAUGGAUCCCAAUUAGUUCCUGUCAAGGCAGCAGCUACGCUUCCUGGGGUUUAUUAUGGAUCCCAAUUAGUUCCUGUCAAGGCAGCAGCUACGCUUCCUGGUUCCAGCAAAAUUUAAGGCAGUUAAUAAAAAUAAAACAUUACAUUCACAGAUUUCACAACACACUGUGUGCCCUCAGGCCCCUACUCCACCACUACCACAUAUCUACAGUACAAUAUCCAUGUGUGUAUAGUGCGUAUGUUAUGAUGUGUGUGUGCGCAUGUGUCUGUGCCUAUGUUUGUUGCUUCACAGUCCCCGCUGUUCCAUUAAGUGUUUAUCUGUUUUUAAAUCAAAUUUUACUGCUUGCAUCAGUUACUCGAUGUGGGAUAGAGUUCCAUGUUGUCAUGGCUCUAUGUAGUACUGUGCGCCUCCCAUAGUCUGUUCUGGACUUGGGGACUGUGAAGAGACCUCUGGUGGCAUGUCUUGUGCGGUGCGCAUGGGUGUCUGAGCUGUGUGCUAGUCGUUUAAACAGACUGCUCGGUGCUCUCAACAUGUCAAUACCUCUCAUAAAUACAAGUAGUGAUGAAGUCAAUCUCUCCUCCACUUUGAGCCAGGAUAUAUUUACAUGCAUAUUAUUCAUAUUAGCUCUGUGUACAUCCAAGGGCCAGCCGUGCUGCCCUGUUCUGAGACAAUUGCAAUUUUCCUAAAUCCCUUUUUGUGGCACCUGACCACACGACUGAACAGUAGUCCAGGUGCGACAAAACUAAGGCCUGCCUUGUUGCUAGUGCAGUUAAGAAUGCAGAGCAGCGCUUUAUUGGUCCUCUGUAGCUCAAUUGGUAGAGAACGGCGCUUGUAACGCCAGGGUAGUGGGUUCGAUCCCCAGGACCACCCAUACGUAAAAAUGUAUGCGCACAUGACUAAGUCGCUUUGGAUAAAAGCGUCUGCUAAAUGGCAUAUUAUUAUGGACAGACUUCUCCCCAUCUUAGCAACUGUUGUAUCAAUAUGUUUUGACCAUAACAGUUUACAAUCCAGGGUUAUUCCAAGCAGUUUAGUCACAACUUGCUCAAUUUCCACAUUAUAUAUUACAAGAUUUAGUUGAGGUUUAAAAACAUUGUAUUUUGGACAAAUUCACUAGUUUUAGAAAUAUUUAGGACUAAGUCAUUCCUUGCCACCCACUCUGAAACUAACUGCAACUCAUUAAGUGUUGCAGUCCUUUCAGUCGCUGUAGUAGCUGACAUUUAUAGUGUUGAGUCAUCCUUAUACAUAGACACACUGGCUUUACUCAAAGCCAGUGGCAUGUUAUUAGAAAAUAUUGAAAAAAGUAAUGGGCCUAGGCAGCUGCCCUGGGAAAUUCCUGAUUCUACCUGGAUUAUGUUGGAGAGCCUUCCAUUAAAGAACACCCUUUGUGUUCUGUUAGACAGGUAACUCUUUAUCCACAAUAUAUAAAGCCGUAACACAAGAUUUUCCAAUAGCAGACUAUGAUCGCACUGAAGUCUAACAAAACAACACCCACAAUCUUUUUAUCAUCAAUUUCUCUCAACCAAUCAGUCAUUUGUGUAAGUGCUGUGCUUGUUGAAUGUCCUUCGCUAUAAGCAUGCUGAACGUUUCUCAAUUUGUUUACUGUAAAAUAGCAUUGUAUCUGGUCAAACAAUUAUUUUCAAAAACUUUAAGUGUUGGUAACAGGCUGAUUGGUCAGGUAUUUGAGCUUGUAAAGGGGGCUUUGCUAUUCUUGGGUAGCGGAUUGACCUUUGCUUCCCUCCAGGCCUGAGGACACACACUUACUAGUGGGAUUAAAUUGAAGAUAUGGCCAAUAGGAGUGGCAAUAUCGUCCGCUAUUAUCCUCAGUCAUUUUUCAUCCAAGUUGUCAGACCCCUGUGGCUUGUCAUUGUUGAUAGAGAAUUUUUUCACCUCAUUCACACUCGCUUUACGAAAUUCAAAAUGACAAUGCGUGUCUUUUCAUAAUUUCGUCAGAUAUACACUGCUCAAAAAAAUUAAGGGAACACUAUAAUAACACAUCCUAGAUCUGAAUGAAUGAAAUAAUCUUAUUAAAUACUUCUGUCUUUACAUAGUUGAAUGUGCUGACAACAAAAUCACACAAAAAUUAUCAAUGGAAAUCAAAUUUAUCAACCCAUGGAGGUCUGGAUUUGGAGUCACCCUCAAAAUUAAAGUGGAAAACCACACUACAGGCUGAUCGAACUUUGAUGUAAUGUCCUUAAAACAAGUCAAAAUGAGGCUCAGUAAUGUGUGUGGCCUCCACGUGCCUGUAUGACCUCCCUACAACGCCUGGGCAUGCUCCUGAUGAGGUGGCGGAUGGUCUCCUGAGGGAUCUCCUCCCAGACCUGGACUAAAGCAUCCGCCAACUCCUGGACAGUCUGUGGUGCAACGUGGCGUUGGUGGGUGGAGCGAGACAUGAUGUCCCAGAUGUACUCAAUUGGAUUCAGGUCUGGGGAAUGGGCGGGCCAGUCCAUGGCAUCAAUGCCUUCCUCUUGCAGGAACUGCUGACACACUCCAGCCACAUGUCUAGCAUUGUCUUGCAUUAGGAGAAAACCAGGGCCAACCGCACCAGCAUAUGGUCUCACAAGGGGUCUGAGGAUCUCAUCUCGGUACCUAAUGGCAGUCGGGCUACAUCUGGCGAGCACAUGGAGGGCUGUGCGGCCCCCCAAAGAAAUGCCACCCCACACCAUGACUGACCCACCGCCAAACCGGUCAUGCUGGAGGAUGUUGCAGGCAGCAGAACGUUCUCCACGGCGUCUCCAGACUCUGUCACGUCUGUCACAUGUGCUCAGUGUGAACCUGCUUUCAUCUGUGAAGAGCACAGGGCGCCAGUGGCGAAUUUGCCAAUCUUGGUGUUCUCUGGCAAAUGCCAAACGUCCUGCACGGUGUUGGGCUGUAAGCACAACCCCCACCUGUGGACGUUGGGCCCUCAUACCACCCUCAUGGAGUCUGUUUCUGACCGUUUGAGCAGACACAUGCACAUUUGUGGCCUGCUGGAGGUCAUUUUGCAGGGCUCUGGCAGUGCUCCUCCUGCUCCUCCUUGCACAAAGGCGGAGGUAGCAGUCCUGCUGCUGGGUUGUUGCCCUCCUACGGCCUCCUCCACGUCUCCUGAUGUACUGGCCUGUCUCCUGGUAGCGCCUCCAUGCUCUGGACACUACGCUGACAGACACAGCAAACCUUCUUGCCACAGCUUGCAUUGAUGUGCCAUCCUGGAUGAGCUGCACUACCUGUGCCACUUGUGUGGGUUGUAGACUCCGUCUCAUGCUACCACUAGAGUGAAAGCACCGCCAGCAUUCAAAAGUGACCAAAACAUCAGCCAGGAAGCAUAGGAACUGAGAAGUGGUCUGUGGUCACCACCUGCAAAACCAGCCCUUUAUUGGGGGUGUCUUGCUAAUUGCCUAUAAUUUCCACCUGUUGUCUAUUCCAUUUGCACAGCAGCAUGUGAAGUGUAUUGUCAAUCAGUGUUUCCUAAGUGGACAGUUUGAUUUCACAAAAGUGUGAUUGACUUUGAGUUACAUUGUGUUGUUUAAGUGUUCCCUUUGUUCCCUUUAUUUUUUUGAGCAGUGUACUUGGACGUGUGGUGUCAGCAUUUGUUGCUGCCAUGUCAUGCCUAAGUUUGCUAAUCUUGCCAUUGAAAAAAAUUAAAGUAGUUGGCAAUAUCAGGGGUUUUUGUGAUGAAUGAGCCAUCUGAUGCAAUGAAUGAUGGAGCUGAUUUAGCUUUUUUUCCCAACAUUUCAUUGAAGGUGCUCCAAAGCUUUUUACUAUCAUUUGUCAUUUAUCUUUGUUAGUGUAGUUUCUUUUUAUUCAGUUUAAUCACAUGAUUUCUCAUAAGCCAGACUUAUUUGCCAUUCCUUUUGCCUCAUCCAACUCAACCAUACAAUUUUUCAAUUCCUCAUCAAUCCACUUGGAUUGAACAGUUUUUAGUCAUUUUCUUAAUGGGUGCAUGCUUAUUAUUAACUGGAAUAAGCAAUUUCAUAAAUGUGUCAAGGGCAGUGUUUGCUCCUCAUUACACACCACUGACCAACAAAUAUUCUUUACAUCAACAACAGGAAUCACUACAAAACAUAUUGUAUUACCUCUUACAUAGGCCCAGCCUUUGGAACUUUGGUUUUCCUAAAUAUGGCUACAAUAUUGUGAUCACUACAUCCAAUGAAUCUGGAUACUACUUUCAAGCAAAUUUCUGCAGCAUUAGUAAAGAUGUGAUCAAUACAUGUUGAUUUCAUUCCUGUGCUGUUGGUAACUACCCUGGUAGGUUGACUGAUAACCUGAACAAGGUUGCAGGCACAAAAUACAGUUUGAAGCUUUUUUUUUGUGGGCAGCUUGAAAGCCAGUCAAUAUUUAAAUCACCCAGAAAAUAUACCUCUUAUCACAUAUUAUCAAGCAUUACACACGAUAUCUAGAUAUUGACUGUUAGCACUUGGUGGUCUAUAGCAGCUUCCCACCAGAAUGGGCUUUAGGUGAGGCAGAUGAACCUGUAGCCAUAUUACUUCAACAGUAUUUAACAUGAUAUUGUCUCUAAUCUUUACAGGAAUGUGGUCCUGAAUACAGUGAGGGGAAAAAAGUAUUUGAUACCCUGCUGAUUUUGUACGUUUGCCCACUGACAAAGACAUGAUCAGUCUAUAAUUUUAAUGGUAGGUUUAUUUGAACAGUGAGAGACAGAAUAACAACAACAAAAUCCAGAAAAACGCAUGUCAAAAAUGUUAUAAAUUGAUUUGCAUUUUAAUGAGGGAAAUAAGUAUUUGACCCCUCUGCAAAACAUGACUUAGUACUUGGUGGCAAAACCCUUGUUGGCAAUCAGAGGUCAGACAUUUCUUGUAGUUGGCCACCAGGUUUGCACACAUCUCAAGAGGGAUUUUGUCCCACUCCUCUUUGCAGAUCUUCUCCAAGUCAUUAAGGUUUCGAGGCUGACGUUUGGCAACUCGAACCUUCAGCUUCCUCCACAGAUUUUCUAUGGGAUUAAGGUCUGGAGACUGGCUAGGCCACUCCAGGACCUUAAUGUACUUCUUCUUGAGCCACUCCUUUGUUGCCUUGGCUGUGUGUUUUGGGUCAUUGUCAUGCUGGAAUACCCAUCCAUGACCCAUUUUCAAAGCCCUGGCUGAGGGAAGAAGGUUCUCACCCAAGAUUUGACGGUACAUGGCCCCGUCCAUCGUCCCUUUGAUGCGGUGAAGUUGUCCUGUCCCCUUAGCAGAAAAACACCCCCAAAGCAUGAUGUUUCCACCUCCAUGUUUGACGGUGGGGAUGGUGUUCUUGGGGUCAUAGGCAGCAUUCCUCCUCCUCCAAACACGGCGAGUUGAGUUGAUGCCAAAGAGCUUGAUUUUGGUCUCAUCUGACCACAACGCUUUCACCCAGUUCUCCUCUGAAUCAUUCAGAUGUUCAUUGGCAAACUUCAGACGGGCCUGUAUGUGUGCUUUCUUGAGCAGGGGAACCUUGCGGGCGCUGCAGGAUUUCAGUCCUUCACGGCAUAGUGUUACCAAUUGUUUUCUUGGUGACUAUGGUCCCAGCUGCCUUGAGAUCAUUGACAAGAUCCUCCUGUGUAGUUCUGGGCUGAUUCCUCACCGUUCUCAUGAUCACUGCAACUCCACGAGGUGAUCUUGCAUGGAGCCCCAGGCUGAGGGAGAUUGACAGGUCUUUUUUUGUUUCUUCCAUUUGCGAAUAAUCACACCAACUGUUGUCACCUUCUCCAAGCUGCUUGGCGAUGGUCUUGUAGCCCAUUCCUGCCUUGUGUAGGUCUACAAUCUUGUCCCUGACAUCCUUAGAGAGCUCUUUGGUCUUGGCCAUGGUGGAGAGUUUGGAAUCUGAUUGAUUGCUUCUGUGGACAGGUAUUUUAUACAGUUAACAAACUGAGAUUAGGAGCACUCCCUUUAAGAGUGUGCUCCUAAUCAGCUCGUUACCUGUAUAAAAGACACCUGGGAGCCAGAAAUCUUUCUGAUUGAGAGGGGGUCAAAUAUUUAUUUCCCUCAUUAAAAUGCAAAUCAAUUUCUAACAUUUUUUACAUGCGCUUUUCUGGAUUUUUUUUUGUUAUUCUGUCUCUCACUGUUCAAAUAAACCUACCACUAAAAUUAUAGACUGAUCAUUUCUUUGUCAGUGGGCAAAUGUACAAAAUCAGCAGGGGAUCAAAUACUUUUUUCCCUCACUGUAUAAACCGCAACACCUCCACCAUUUGGCAUUUCUAUAUUUUCUGUAAAUGUUAUAACCUUUAUUGCUACCACUAUGUCAUCAAAGGUAUUGUCUAAGUGAGUUUCAGAGUCUGAAUGUGAAUGUCAUCUGUUACUAGCAAAUUAUUGAUUUCAUGAACCUUGUUUCUUAAGCUACAUAUGUUAAUGUGGGCUAUUUUGAGCACUUCUUCUGGGAUGCUUACUUGUUUUUAUUGCUUUACUGGGAAGCUUAGCAGCAGUAGAUAUGCUCAUGUUAUGUAUGUUAGUGCAGGGUGAGCUGCACACAGUGGACUUCCUCCUAGGGCACACCGGCUCAGUGGUAACAAUAUAAAUCUGGUUAAUAGGCACAUGAUUACUGCAUCCAAUAGCUGUAGGAUCAUCAGAGGCAUUCAGGGCAGUUAGAGGGACAUAAAUUAGGUUAUUUGUAUUGUCUACCGAUGCCCCUGGUGUAAUGUACAUUUGCUGAAUCAUUAUGACAACUACGUCACAAUGGUAGGGAUUAGCUGAGCUGGGCUUGGGUCAUUGAUAAGUCAUUGUGUCAACGCAGCCUUAUCAUGCUGUGAAAGGAUCCAGGAACCCAAAUGAUUUGGGUGGAUCCCAUCCUCCUUAUAAAACGUACUUUGUUUCCAAAGGGUAUCAAUUGUCAAAAAAGUGACACCCAUUUGAGCUGCCAGUUGUGAAGAGCGAUUCCUUGCCAAAGCAUUCAAUGCCAUGAUUCAGAGUGGGCACAGGGCCAGAUAUGGUGUCUGAGAGUCAAUCAGCUCUUUAAAAUCCAGUUUCAGCUGCUCUUCAUGAUGUCAUUUAAACCCACUUGGACUACAAUAGAAUCGAUUUCCAUGUCCUGACGUAGUACAUUCGGGAGCAGCUUAGUAAUUUAAUUUACUCGAGCUCCGGGAUAGGACACUGUUUUUGCACCAGGAAUGGUCAAAUUUCUUACCAUGGAGCUGCCCAAAAUCAUGGCUGGCGAGAAGGAUGAGGAAAUCCGUCCAGUCUCACGCUUCACAGGAUUUGGAGAACCCUUGAUGGAUGGGUGAGAGGCAGGAUAACUUGAGCCCGUAACUCCCGGCGCCUGGUGCAGGCCUCUGACAGAUGGAGAAGCCCCGCUCGAUCCAGAGCAGGGACUUAGGUUGUAGUAGGCCCUGCGGUCACAGGCACCCCCUGUGAUGAAGGUGCAUGAAGAUCAGGCUCCAGGAACGCAAAAACUAUUUGUUUGUAUCCGCUCCGGGCCUCUCGUCGAGAGUGUAGACUGCUUUCGGGGAGGUCGCUGUCUUCAGCUUCCACGGCUCGUGACAUGCGACCAUCAUUGAUUGCCUUCCUCCUCAUGCUGUGCUCCUUCGACGGCGCUGUCAGAUGGGUGAGCUCCGGGCAACACCGGCCAGUCUGACAAACUACAAGGCGGAGAUGCAUCCAACAAGCAUGAAUGCCGUCCAGCCACCGGUGUACAAAAUGUAAACGUUCCGCUCUGCCGUUUCCUCAGUUUCUUACGUAGGCUGGUGACUUGCGUGAUCAAGGAUGUCACGUCAAGCCUAUAAUCCUUGGCAAGUAAAUUGCCGCAUUGGAACUCUGAGUGAUCCGGUUUGUCCCGUAACAAAGCAUAUAGCUCCUACAGCGCUGGAACCGUUAAUGUAUUUUUCCAGAAAGAGGGCUCCAUUGCAAAAGUCAUCUGGUACCUACUUCGUUAGCUUAAUGGCUAGCAGCUUAGUGUCCCUGUCAAGCAGGCUUCAACCAAGAAAUAGCUGUUCAAAUCCCACUCGAUGCUGUCGAUAAAAUCCAACUCGAACGUGUACACCGUCUCAGACAAAGAGGACAGAUGAGCGUCCAAAUGUUGCCAAAUUUGCUCUCUUUUAAGGAUUAAGUAAUGGUUAAAAGCCUAGGUAAGACUUGUUGGCACCAAAAUGAGCAUGAAUGAUCAGUUCCCGGCGCAAAGUUCUGUAAUCUAUUUUCCUUGAAGACUGGGUAAAGGGAAGCGCGUUGCUCUCGUAGUCGAUAAACUGUAUGUUGACAAUGUUCUGCGACACAGACUUCUCCAUGGCUAUUCUGAAAGUUCUAAUCGGAGUCGAAUAAUGGAACACCCAAUACUAGCCAUGGUAGGGAUUGUAAUAAUAAAACGCAUAGUAUUUUAUAAAUGGAUUAGACGGUAUUACAAGAAAGGAUAACAAGUGAAAUACAUCUUCAAAUAUAACUAAUUAGAACACAAGUACUCAAUCAACAUAGUGGAGAUAAAAACAUGGCAAACAGAAGACAUAGAAGGCACAGUAUGUGUGGAUGUAUUGUGAUGGAAGGUGUGGUGUGCAUUUUUGUGUUUUGGAAAAGUGUGGCGUUAAGGGAGUGAAAAAGGAAAUGGUUGCAUAUCCAAGAACAACGUGUGUCUAUGAGCAGGGGUUGUGAGAGCUUUACAUUUCAAAAUAAAUGUAAUGUAUUAAUUGUCCUUUUAUUGUCCUGUCAUGUCUCCCGAGUGGCGCAGUGGUCUAAGGCACUGCAUCACAGUGCUAGCUGUGCCACUAGAGAUCCUGGUUUGAAUCCAGGCUCUGUCGUAGCCGGCCACGACCGGGAGACCCAUGGGGCGGCGCAUAAUUGGCCCAGCGUCGUCCAGGGUAGGGGAGGGAAUGGCCAGCAGGGAUAUAGAGCAUGGCGUUUGCAACGCCAGGGUUGUGGGUUCGAUUCCCACGGGGGGCCAGUAUGAAAAAUAAAAAGAUAAUGUAAGUCGCUCUGGAUAAGAGCAUCUGCUAAAUGACAAAAAUGUAAAUGUAAUGACGGAAUGGGCCCCAACCCUAUAUCCUAGACACCCACCUGAGCAACCCAUACACUCACAUAGCUAGCACACAUAGCACCAUAAUUUGCAAAUAAAUUCAUUUAAAAAAUCCUACAAUGUGAUUUUCUGGAUUUUUUUUCCUCAAUUUGUCUGUCAUAGUUGACGUGUACCUAUGAUGAAAAUUACAGGCCUCUCUCAUCUUUUUAAGUGGGAGAACUUGCACAAUUGGUGGCUGACUAAAUACUUUUUUCCCCACUGUAUAUAUAUUACAUUAUCAACCCUGCAAGCAAUACAAUACUCUUAUUAUGGUGGGACAUUAUAACAAUACUGUUUUAAAUAGCUCAAUGGACCGUAAAGGAAAUCGCACUACAAACAUGCUCUUAAAGAAAUCAUGAAUGUCAUGGAUACAUUAGAACUAGUAGAUAUAUAUAGAGGCUUAAAUAUCCUGAUCUAGUGAGAUAUACGUGGCGGAGACUCAAUCAAGCUAGUCGUCUUGACUUCUUUAUGUCAUUCUCGUUGGCACCUAAAGUUUAAAGUGUUGAUAGGGGACAGAAUGCCGUCGGACCAUCAUAUAAUUGGCAUAUACAUUACUCUUACUGAAUUCCACGUUGGCGAGGAUAUUGGAAAUUGAAUUAAAGCUUAUUGGAUGACAACUUGUUUUUAAGUAGGACAGAGGAAUUUAUAACUGAUUAUUUUCCGACAUAACACAGGUACAGCAAAUCCCCUUAUUGUAUGGGACACUUUUAAAUGUGCCUUUUUAGAGGCCAUGCAAUUCAGUACCCAUCUCAAAAACAUCCCAUCUCAAACAAAAGCGAUUUAGGUCGAGUCCUUACUAACAAAGGAAAUGGGUCUAACAGAACAGAUGCAUUUAGAUGGCAAUAAAAACUAAUAGGCUCAGAAUACAUUUGAAGAAAAACAAAGAAAUUGAGAAACUUAUUCAAGAAAGAUCAAGUGUAAUAUAUUAUAAAAAUAAAGCAAACUGGAUGGAAUAUGGGGGGAAAAAUGCACCAAAUUAUUUUUUAAUCUUCAACAUAGAAAUGCUACCAAAAAUAAUUGACUGAAACUGGUUAUAAAUGACGGAUUCACCUAAUUAUAUUUUGACGGAGGAAGCAAAGUACUUUUAAGCAUAUGUUUUUGUUUCAGUCGCCUCUAACUGAAGCUAAUUGUAAGGAUUUUUUUCUAUUGAGAAUGUAAAAUUAACAGCCAUACAGAAAGACUCAUGUGAAGGUGAAAUUACAGAGGACGAACUUCUGGAUGCAAUUAAAGACUAAGUCCGGGAGAACUCCAGGGUUGGAUUGCAUACCAGUCGAGAUAUGCCAAACCUUUUUUGAUCUACUCAGAGGACAGUUAUUAGCAUGUUUUAACCACUCCUAUGUAAAUUGUAGAUUAUCAGACACUCAAGAAGGUCGGAUUUCAUUAGUACUGAAACAGGAUACAAGUGGGAAAUGUAAAGAUCCAGUCCAUUACACUUCAGUGUUGAUGCAAAAUGUGUAGCGCAUAGAAUUAAAAAGGUAUUGUCAGAUAUUAUUCAUUCUAAUCAGACAGUUUUUUUUACAUGGACGAUACAUUGGAGAUAAUAUAAGGCAAGUACUGGAAACAAUAGAACAUUAUGAAAAAUCUGGGAAACCAGGCCUGCUAUUCAUAGCAGACUUUGGAAAGGCAUUUGUUAAAGUACAACUGGAGUUUAUAUAUAAAUGCCUGGAGCAUUUCAAUUUUGGAGAAUCUCUUUUAUAGAAUGGGUUAAAAUCAUGUAUAGUAACCAUAGGUGUAAAAUAGUAAAUAAUGGCUUUCUCCGAAAAGUUUUAAACUGUCGGAGUAAAACAAGGUUGUCCACUAUCGGCAUAUCUAUUUAUUAUGGCCAUCAAUGUUAGCUAUUCAAAUCAGAUCCAACAAUAAUAUCAAGGGAUUAGAAAUCCACGGCUUAAAAACAAAGGUGUCAUUGUACGCUGAUUCAUGUCUUCUUUUAAAUCCACAACUUGAAUCCCUCCACAGCCUCAGAGUAUCUAGAUACAUUUUCUAACCUCUCUGGAUUACAACCAAAUUAUAAUAAAUGUACUAUAUUACGUAUUGAUCACUAAAAAAAUACUACUUUUACAUUACCAUGUAGUUUACCAAUAAAAUGGUCGCAAAAUGUCGCACAUGCAGCUAACAAAAACAUAUGGAAAGGUCUACUCUACCCAAAAUUACAACAAAUUAAUUGCAGCAUUACCGUGGAAGUGGGGGAAAAGUAAGGAACUUGUCUGUCGGCCCUGCAUUAAAGAACAUAAUUGGUUAAAGAAUAUUGUGAUUUAAAUAAAGUAUACCAGUUUCAUUUAAGGAACAAAGGAUUGACAGCCGUCCCAUAUAGAUUGCAAAAUAGUUGGGAAGAGAUUUGAUGUACCGAUUCCAUGGCAGUGUUUAUGAACUGAUACGCAAAAUGAUGUGGGAUUCAGAACACAGAAUUUUUCAUUUUUAAAUUAUUACACAAAAUUCUUGCUACCAAUAGAAGUAUUUAUAUGGGUGAUACAAUCUUCCCAGCUCUGCAGAUUUUGCUGCGAAGAGACAAUCAUCAUUUGCUUUGGUACUGUCCAUUUGUAGCUUGUUUUUGGUCACGGGUCCAGGAAUGGCUGAAGGAUUGCAAUAUUUACCUGGAGCUAACCCUGCAGAUGGUGGGGUUGGAAAGUAAAGGGAAAUAUAUUUUUAAAAAGGAUAUGUAUGUGUAUAUAUCUCUACAAUAAAAAUAAACAUAUGGGGGAUUGGAAGUGAAUGGCUGAAGGAUUGCAAUAUUUACCUGGAGCUAACCCUGCAGAUGACACUACUGGGUGAUCUGAAAAGUCAGUCAAUCGAUCAAUAAUAUAAUAAUUUUAGAUAAAUGUAUUUUCAAUGUACAAUCUGUAGAAACAAUGAGAAUAGAAGGGUUCAGAACUUUUGUGAAACAGUACAGUUGUAAAAUAUAUGGCAAAUAGAAAUCCUAUAUGGAUGGUGUUAAAAGAUAGAUGGGAGGUGUUGAAUGGAAUUGAAGGAUGGGUCUAAUAACAACUAAUAACAAGAUAACUAAUAAUGUAAGCAUACUGUGUCCAUAAUAAGUAUAUAGGUUGUAGGUGGAGAGCUUUUGUGAAAGAGCACAGUUAGAAAGAUAUGGCAUAUAGAAGCAAACCGGAUGGACAUCAUGAAAAUGAUCGGAGAGGUUGAGGGAAAGGGAGGUUCAGGAGUAAAAACAAACAACAUAUAAUUAUUGUAAAAUUGACUGUGUCCAUAAAAUGCAUAUAGUGUGUAUAUAUAAGCUGGAAGUAGAGGCCUAAUCAUUGUUUACUCCAAUUAGGGAAGGGGUGGUGGGAUUGGAAAGUAAUAAAGGGAAAUAUAUUUUAAAAAAGGAUAUGUAUUUAUAUGCAUGUCUGUAUAUGUAUAUAUAUUUGUGAGGGGGAAAAAAACAUGGGAUUGGAAGUGAUGCAGACAAUUACACUGGAAGUUACAAUCUAGCUGCAAUAUUAAAGCUGAAAAAAAUAAAGAUAGCGGUCCGACCAGUUAAAAGCUAACUGCGUCGUGGAAUCCACACACAAUUUCUGUAUUUAAUUGGUUUAACGGUUUUGUUUUAAUCAAAAAUGUUUUUUUCCAGCAUGCAGAUCGCGGGUCAAUUAGCCUGACACCCCUGCUCUAACCCUGACCUCUACUAAUGUGAACCUCUUCAGUCAUAACUGACUGUUAUGGCGUCUGAAACGUGUCAAAGGACAGGCUGGUCUGACUGAUCUCUACUUUCCAGGGAGGACCUGUUCAGUAGAGAACGGUGGCUGCAGUCACUCCUGUGUGGAUCAGCCCUGGGGAGCUCUCUGCUCCUGUCCUAAAGGCCAUAGGCUGUCUGCUCACGGAGCCGCCUGUCAGGGUGAGUUGGUUUGUGAUCCUGUUGAAGACUUAUUGUCAUGACUGGUUUCAUUAUGUAUUCCUUUACUUUAAGCCUCUUAGCCUAAAUACUCUGAACCCCUCUCAUCUCUGUAUAUAUGGAUGAAAGCUCUCUGCCUUAGUUGGGCUAGGGUCCUCUGUAGCUCAGUUGGUUAGGGUUAACCCUAAUAGACUGUAUCCCUCGGCUAUCCUCUCUGUAGAUGUGGAUGAAUGCUCUCUUCCUUACGGUCCAUGCAUGCACUUUUGUGUCAACACACCCGGGUCCUUCUACUGCCACUGCCGAGACGGCUUCCAGCUUCAAGGAACCACUGACUGCUAUGCUAAAGGUGAAGUUUAAUCGUAACAUUAGUCGGAUGAUUAACGUCUGACUGACUAUCUAAACCUGUUCAAUAUUUGAUGCUUUUCAGGAAAUUACACAAAGUUUCUGACUGCAAAGAAGGGAACUAUUGGAUUUCUGAAUCUGAAGACUCUGAGAUUUGAGGCUCUUCAGAGUGUUGGCUAUGAUCCUCUGGCCCUGGCCUUUGACCUGUCCAGGAGCUCAUUCUACUGGGCUGAUGACCAGGGGAACAUCUACAAGGCUAAGGAGCAGCAGAGCAGGAUCCUUUAUCAUGGUUGGUUUGUUCUGAUGUUCUAUCAUGAUUGGUUUCUCCUGAUGUAGCAGGAUCUAGAAGUCUUCAUGGCUCCACCUGUACCUGAAUACCCGAUCAGGGACCCGAGCGGGUCUGGAUCCAGAAUUCUAAAUCUCAUGGGUCUGGUUCAGAUCUGAUAUGAUUAUCAUUGGUCUCAGGGUAUGUGUAAUUUUAACUGACUUGUCCGGAAGGACCCAUACAGAUCUGACUGCUGCAGUAGAGAGAGAUUGUGUCAUUUAUGCUGCUGUUCUUGCUUUUCACGAGAGUGGCGAGUGUAGCUAGUUGUUGUUGGCCAAUCAUAAAUCAAAGUAGCGAUAGGCUAGUCAGAGCCUCUGUGUGGCAAAAGUUAGGAGAUUCUGCAUCUAUGGAAGGAUAAGGAUAGGCUACAAUGACUAACCACUUAAUACUGCAUAUAUGGAAGGAUAAGGAUAGGCUACAAUGACUGAUAAGGAUAGGCUACAAUGACUGAUAAGGAUAGGCUACAAUGACUGACUACUUAAUACUGCAUCUAUGGAAGGAUAAGGAUAGGCUACAAUGACUGAUAAGGAUAGGCUACAAUGACUGAUAAGGAUAGGCUACAAUGACUAACUACUUAAUACUGCAUCUAUGGAAGGAUAAGGAUAGGCUACAAUGACUGAUAAGGAUAGGCUACAAUGACUAACUACUUAAUAUUCUGAAGUUAGGAGAUACUGCAUCUAUGGAAGGAUAAGGAUAGGCUACAAUGACUGAUAAGGAUAGGCUACAAUGACUGAUAAGGAUAGGCUACAAUGACUGACUACUUAAUAUUCUGAAGUUAGGAGAUACUGCAUCUAUGGAAGGAUAAGGAUAGGCUACAAUGACUAACUACUUAAUAUUCUGAAGUUAGGAGAUUCUGCAUCUAUGGAAGGAUAAGGAUAAGGAUAGGCUACAAUGACUAACCACUUAAUACUGCAUCUAUGGAAGGAUAAGGAUAGGCUACAAUGACUGAUAAGGAUAGGCUACAAUGACUGAUAAGGAUAGGCUACAAUGACUGAUAAGGAUAGGCUACAAUGACUGAUAAGGAUAGGCUACAAUGACUAACUACUUAAUACUGCAUCUAUGGAAGGAUAAGGAUAGGCUACAAUGACUGAUAAGGAUAUGCUACAAUGACUGAUAAGGAUAGGCUACAAUGACUAACUACUUAAUACUGCAUCUAUGGAAGGAUAAGGAUAGGCUACAAUGACUGAUAAGGAUAGGCUAUAAUGACUAACUACUUAAUACUGCAUCUAUGGAAGGAUAAGGAUAGGCUACAAUGACUAACUACUUAAUACUGCAUCUAUGGAAGGAUAAGGAUAGGCUACAAUGACUAACUACUUAAUACUGCAUCUAUGGAAGGAUAAGGAUAGGCUACAAUGACUAACUACUUAAUACUGCAUCUAUGGAACUAACAUGAAAGGAUAAGGAUAGGCUACAAUGACUAACUACUUAAUACUGCAUCUAUGGAACUAACAUGAAAGGAUAAGGAUAGGCUACAAUGACUAACUACUUAAUACUGCAUCUAUGGAACUAACAUGAAAGGAUAAGGAUAGGCUACAAUGACUAACUAUUUAAUACUGCAUCUAUGGAACUAACAUGUAAGGAUAGGCUACAAUGACUAACUACUUAAUACUGCAUCUAUGGAACUAACAUGAAAGGAUAAGGAUAGGCUACAAUGACUAACUACUUAAUACUGCAUCUAUGGAAGGAUAAGGAUAGGCUACAAUGACUAACUACUUAAUACUGCAUCUAUGGAAGGAUAAGGAUAGGCUACAAUGACUAACUACUUAAUACUGCAUCUAUGGAACUAACAUGAAAGGAUAAGGAUAGGCUACAAUGACUAACUACUUAAUACUGCAUCUAUGGAACUAACAUGAAAGGAUAAGGAUAGGCUACAAUGACUAACUACUUAAUACUGCAUCUAUGGAAGGAUAAGGAUAGGCUACAAUGACUAACUACUUAAUACUGCAUCUAUGGAACUAACAUGAAAGGAUAAGGAUAGGCUACAAUGACUAACUACUUAAUACUGCAUCUAUGGAACUAACAUGAAAGGAUAAGGAUAGGCUACAAUGACUAACUACUUAAUAAUCUGAAUGGAGUUAUUUUAAACUGUGUAGUACGAGAAAGUGCAUGCAGCCUCAAUUAGCCAAGUUAGCUUAACAAGCUUCUCCUGGUUUGAUGAAGUCAAGACGGGUACUACGUAAUCAUAUUGAAUGAUAAAUAACCUGGAUCCUCUGAUGGUUGGUUUGUUCAGAUAGGAUCCUUUAUGAUGGUUGGUUCGUUCAGAUAGGAUCCUUUAUGAUGGUUGGUUCGUUCAGAUAGGAUCCUUUAUGGUGGUUGGUUCGUUCUGAUGGGAUCCUCUGGUUUUGUUUUGAUGGGAUCCUCUGAUAGUUGUUUUGAUGGGAUCCUCUAUGAUGGUUGUUUUGUUUUGAUGGGAUCCUCUGAUGGUUGAUUUGUUUUGAUGGGAUCCUCUAUGAUAUAUUGUUUUGUUGUUGAUGGGAACCUCCUAUGAUGGUUGGUUUGUUAUGGUGUAUUAUAAUCUUCUACGAUGGUUGGUUUGUUCUGGUGUAGAAGAAUCCUCUAGGAUGGUUGGUUUGUUCUGAUGGGAUCCUCUGACAGUGGUCAUCAAGGCAUUCCUAGUCUCAUCAAACAUUUCUGUGGAAAAGCCAAUGAUAAAGACAAAGGCUUUUUGUUCCGUGUUGCCCUGUUGGCGGUAGGUGCACUUGAUUCAGAAGCCCUGUUGGUACCAGGUAGACAGUUCCCAUUUUGAUCCAUUUCAUUUGUCUGAAAAGAAAAACUCAGCCUACCCGGCGACCUGGAAAUCUGUGGCUAAGUCGAGUGAGCCUACUGUGUUGGCCAAUCGGAUAGCUCAAAUCACUGUGCCUCCCUACAGCUUCCACGCCACAGCAAAGUUUGAUACUAGUCUGAGAUUUCAUAACUUUUAAAACAUGACCAGAGAGAGACUGUCAAAGAAUACAGCAAAGAGCUGCUGUUUUUGAGUGAGUGCAUGUCAAAAUUGUAUUCAGCGCUGUCAACACUUAAUAAAAAAUAUAUAUUCAACACUAGUACAAGACAUCAAAUGCGCUUCUCUACUUCGACUUGCGCUGCAGCUGCUAUGAAUUAGUAGCCAAGUGUCUAUAGCCUUGCGUUUCUAUUAUUAGCAGCUUGUCGUGGCUAUUUUAAUAUCUGAAUAUUUCACUUCCUCUGGUCAUAGGAACAUUGUGAAUUUGUGACUGAUGCGGUGUGACUAGAGAUUCACCAUCAGGUGUAAGAUUGUCCCCCCUCUCUGGUCAUUCUCACCGGAGGAAAGGAAGGAAAGAGCAGGGACCAUAAGCGUCUUAAUUGAAAGGGAAAAACCAGCUGACACUAGGCCCUCCAUGGAAUGAGUUUGACACCUCUGGUCUACAGCUUGUCAUGAGGUAUUCCAACUCAGGCGAGCAGAACCCCUCCGAGUUUACCUGACGCUGCUGUUCUGUCCUGCCGAUGAAUAGAAAAAUACAGCUGGAUUAAUAUUUUCCAUGUUCUUGUUCAGCCAUGACAUGGAGAAAAAUAUAUUAGUUCUUCAGACCCCGUUGAUAGUCUCGAACGGAGCUCGUCCAGUUUAUUCUCCAGUGAUUGAAUGUUCGCCAAUAGAAUGGAGGGUAGAGGCGGUUUAUCCACUCGCUGACAGUCUCUAGAGGCGGUUUCAGUCUCAUCCUGCAUGCUGGCCUCUAACGUCGCCGCUUCCUGUCAUGGUCCAGGAUGAGCAGUAUGUCAUUUGCCUCGACUCAUUUUAGUAAAAUCCUCAUCUAAAUCGAGGUUAGUGAUCGCUGUUUUGAUGUCCAGAAGAAAUUGUGGUGGAAACAUUAUGUAUAAAAAAAUUCAGAUAAGCACAAUUGGUCAGGAGCCUGUACAAAGUCUGCUAUCCCUCCAUCUUUAACUUAUGCCAUUUUAAUGAUAUGAGUGGGAGUGACUAACAAAAUCCAGUACGGCCUGAUCCAGCACCCCUGGAGGUCAGGAUCCCUGGGCACAUGCCUGGUCGGUAUUCAGCCAUGAUCGCUGGUUAGACUAACUUACAAUCAAAAAAUUGUUAGCUGACAUGGCAAAUUGAGUGACUGUCAGUGACGGCCAUAAGAGAAACUGCUGAUGUACAGUAGGCUGAGUUUCCUGCCUGGAGCCGGCCCUGGACACAUGGUAUGUAGAGUUGUGAUAUGGUUCCCCCUCUGCUCUCAGGACAAUAUGGGGUUAGAAGUCUAGUCUGUGAUUGGCUGACAGGCCAGCUGUACUGGACCAACCAGAAGACCCGGUCUAUCCAUGUUGGGGCAGCUGAUGGGAGUGGAUUUUCAACGGUCCUGGCCAAGAACAUAGACCCGUUGGAGCUGGUCCUUCUUCCUAUUGAAAGGUUGGAUCAUGUUGUUCAAAUUUGUGCUACUUUUGAUCAGUGGUUGGGGCUUUUAUCGCUAACGAUUUUGUAUGUUUCUCCUUUACUUUGCAGCUUUUUGUUUUGGAUCAACAAAGGUCCAGGUGAUAAAGUUACUCUGGAGAGAUCUGGAAUGGAUGGGUUGAAACAGGAAUCUCUGGUGGUCCUCACUGCACAGUCACCACGAAGUCUGACCCUGGACGUUACAGCUCGGAGGCUGUACUGGAUCAGUGAUUUCAAAAAGGUUCAUGAAAUAGCCCAGCUAUAACCAAUAGGACUGCUUGUCUGCCCCCAGCAAUUAACAUAUUGACAAGCCAGGACCAAUUGUUGCGCUUCUUUUUCAGUCCAUAGAGACUGUGCGAGUGGACGGGAGUGGUCGCUACAGCUUUCGGGAGUUCUUCCAGAGGAGACCAGCUCAGAGCCUGGCGGUGUUUGAGAGGUGGUUCUACUGGACAGAUGAGAAGGGUCUGUGGCGCUCCCCUCAGGACCGACCUAAUCAGAAUAACUUUAUUCAGAGGACAACACUCCCUGUCCUAGAGGCAUACCAU